CUCGAGACGAUCUCUGCUCGUGGCUCCAGGCUGUUGACUCGAGUUCAUAAUGAGUUGACCACCGUUUUAAAACCUGACAGUUACAUUAGGAUGUGAUUUAACUGCGGCCCGCAGCGACCGGAGGAACCGGGGGAACCGGAACCAACCGUAUGAAUGAGCUCCUUUGUAAACAAGUCGUCAACGUGGACGCGACGCGACGCGGAAACUUCUCUUUUUUUAAGCCAACAACAAGAAGCGACUUGUCGCGACCCUUCGCUCUCAACCGUCGACACAUAAACACAUAUGUGUGAUAUGACAGAGGGAUUACACACGUUACUGGAGACAAUACACCGACUUCAACAGACUCCCCUGAACAGACACACACAGACAAAGACUCCUCCAAAGUUCACUUUCACCUUCUGCAGCCCAGAGCGCUGAAGAGUUGUUUCCCCCGUCAGCAGCCAUCAUGGUGGACGCAGCGGCGGCGGAGCAGUUCCUGGACGCCAACCCGCAGUUCGCCAAGCAGUACUACGACGUCAACUUCCGGCCCAAGGUCAUCUCGGACCUGCUGGACAACAGCCGCAAGACGGCGCUGGACGUCAGCAAGUUCCACGACCUGACGACGGUGGAGGAGAGCGAGGUCCUCUUCGACCUGGUGCGGGACAUCCAGGACAACCUGCAGAUGGAGAAGUCCGUCUUCAACCUCAUGAGGCACCUCAGCUUCAUGCUGAGGGCCGACCGCAUGAGCCUCUUCAUGUACCGCCAGAGGAACGGCGUGGCCGAGCUGGCGACAAGGUUGUUCAACGUCAGUAAAGACGCGGCGCUCGACGACUGCCUGGUGCCGCCCGACAGUGAGAUCGUCUACCCGCUGGACAUGGGCAUCGUGGGCCACGUGGCCUCCACCAAGAAGAUGGUCAACGUCCCUGUGGUGUCCGAGACGUCCUUUUACAGUGAGUUUGUGGACGAGCUGACCGAGUAUAAGACCAAGAACGCCCUCGCCGUCCCCAUCAUGAACGGCAAAGACGUGGUGGCCGUCAUGAUGGCCGUCAACAAGCUGGACGGGCCGCACUUCACCGCCAAGGACGAAGAGACCUUGAACAAGUACCUGAACUUUGCCAACCUGAUCCUGAGAGUUUUCCACCUGAGUUACCUGCACAACUGUGAGACCAGGAGGGGGCAGGUGCUGCUGUGGUCGGCCAGCAAGGUGUUCGAGGAGCUCACGGACAUCGAGAGGCAGUUCCACAAGGCCCUGUACACCGUCAGGGCCUUCCUCAACUGUGACCGCUACUCUGUGGGCCUGCUGGACAUGACCAAGACCAAGGAGUUCUUUGACCUGUGGCCCAUCCUGAUGGGAGAAGUUCCACCGUACGAUGGACCCAAGACUCCCGACGGCAGGGAAAUUAUCUUCUACAAACUGAUCGACUACAUCCUCCACGGCAAAGAAGACAUCAAAGUCAUCCCGACUCCAACGCCCGACCACUGGGCUCUGAUCAGCGGUUUGCCGAGCUACGUCGCAGAGACCGGACUGAUCUGUAACAUCAUGAACGCAGCAGAAGAUGAAUUCUUCCAAUUCCAGAAAGAGCCUCUGGACGACUCAGGCUGGACCAUUAAGAACGUCCUGUCGAUGCCAAUCGUCAACAAGAAGGAAGAGAUAGUGGGCGUGGCCACGUUCUAUAACAGGAAGGACGGGAAACCCUUUGAUGAGAUGGACGAAACGCUGAUGGAGUCUCUGACCCAGUUCCUGGGCUGGUCGGUGCUGAACACCGACACCUACGACAGGAUGAACAAGCUGGAGAACAGGAAGGACAUCUUCCAGGACAUGGUGAUGUACCACAUCAAGUGUCGCAAGGACGAGAUCCAGAACGUUCUGAACACCAGGGAGAGAUGGGGGAAGGAACCCGACGAGUGCGAGGAAGAGGAGCUCCAAGAGAUUCUGUCGGAGGUUUUGCCGAACACCAAGAAGUCCGAGAUCCUGGAGUUCCACUUCUGCGACUUUGACCACAGCGAACUGGACCUGGUGAAGUGCGGCAUCAAGAUGUACUACGAGCUGAAGGUGGUGGACAAGUUCCACAUCCCCAGAGAGGCCCUGGUGAGGUUCAUGUACUCCCUCAGUAAAGGCUACAGGAAGAUCACGUACCACAACUGGCGUCACGGGUUCAACGUGGGACAAACCAUGUUCACGCUGCUGAUGACGGGCGAUCUGAAGCGUUACUACACGGACCUGGAGUGUAUGGCCAUGGUGACCGCCGGCUUCUGCCACGACAUCGACCACAGAGGAACCAACAACCUCUACCAGAUGAAGUCUGGUAAUCCUCUGGCGAAGCUCCACGGCUCCUCCAUCUUGGAAAGACACCAUCUGGAUAUUGGCAAGACGCUGCUGAGAGAUGAGUCGCUGAACAUUUACCAGAACCUGAACCGCCGUCAGCACGACCUCGUCAUCCACCUCAUGGACAUCGCCAUCAUCGCCACCGACCUGGCUCUCUACUUCAAGAAGAGGACGAUGUUCCAGAAGAUCGUGGACCAGUCCAAGACCUACGAGAACUGGAACGACUGGACCAAGUACAUGAUGCUGGAGACCACGCGCAAAGAGAUUGUCAUGGCCAUGAUGAUGACGGCCUGUGACUUGUCUGCCAUCGCCAAGCCGUGGGAGAUUCAGAGCAAGGUGGCGCUGUCUGUGGCUGCAGAGUUCUGGGAGCAGGGCGACCUGGAGAGGACGGUGCUGGAGCAGAAUCCCAUUCCCAUGAUGGACAGAAACAAAGCAGCUGAUCUGCCGAAGCUUCAGUGUGGUUUCAUCGACUUUGUCUGCGCCUUUGUGUACAAGGAGUUCAGCCGCUUCCACGUGGAGAUCACGCCGAUGCUGGACCGCCUGCUGAACAACAGGAAGGAGUGGAACGCCCUGAAGGAGGUGCACGAGGCCAAGAUGGCCGAGAUCGAGGCGGCCAAGAAGGCCAAGGAGGAGGAGACUGGGGGAGCCAAGCAAGCGAGUGCAGCUCAGUCACAAUCAAAGACUUGCACUCUCAGCUAGAGACGCUGCGACUGCACCACUUUGUUCUGCGUCACGGUUUUGGGUCCGACUCUGGAUUCCCCUACAUUUCAUCCGUGGGACUUUUGAGAUCUCACCGGAAAAACCAAGUUACGUUGCUUCUCCCUUCGCCGCUUCUUCCCGUCCACGCUUGUGUUUCUCAUUAGAUGCGACUGGGCUUGGUGGUGCGUUCAGGUGCUUGUAGGAAGCUCCAGCAUCUAACGUUUGACUAAAAAAAUGUAUUUUUAAUGCGGCUUCUUGCGUCGACGGUGUUCUUUUCUCAGCCUGUAACUCCGGUGCUUGAUGUCAGCAGCUGCAAGUUUCUAACAAUCUGUCGCUACACAGCGUUACUGUUCCCGUCUCUUGUUCAGACAAUAACGAUUAUUUUUCAUCUGUUGAUUAUUUUCUUGAUUAAUCGAUAAGCUGUGUGAUUCAUAAAAUGGUGAAAAAUGGCGAUCGUGUUUCCCAAAACUCCGAGAUUGUUUUUUUUUGUCCACACA